UGACGUUUUGAAUAUGUAGUUCGCCCACGCCCAUAUAACCGAUUACCGUUGGUACAGUAGUCGUUCUGCAUCAAAAUCAGACGAUUUACACCCUUUAGCGAAUGUAUUUUUACUUCAUGUCAGAAAUUACCACAAAUCAACUGCGUGGUAUAUUUUCUUGCCUGGUGACAUCGUUGUUAGUACUUGUUAAAUCACAGUAUUUGGGCUGUAGCCAUUUAACGUUUACGUUAUCGCUCUGUGCAUUAAUUCUUUAACAUAUACGGGAGUUUUUCUUUUCUUAUAGUGAAACGAAGAAGUGGCUUUUUUAUGCUUUCAGUCACUUCUCUUCUUGUUCUGUGUAAUCUACCACUACCGGGUAAAUAUGCGGUCACCAAAAGAGUCGAGGAACGAAGUCUUGGAGGACAUUUAUUAAUGCUGCUUCGGCUAUGGAUGACGUAAGGACAAAUAAAGGGGCCUCAGCCGGUCAAGAUGGGGAACAAAGUGACGCCUCGAGUCCAGAGCUUCACAGUCCCCCUGAUGUUGCCUCGUCUUCUGAGACCAGUGGACUGUUGUCAUUGCCAUGGGAGAUGGUAACCCAGAUCGCUUCACACCUUCCAGCUCACUGUAUCAUCUCUGUGCUCCCAAAGGUCUGUUGUGCUUUGCGCAAUGUCGGGAAGGACAAUACUGCCUGGCAGCUGCGUGCACGCAGACUCAUUGGAUCAAAAGCCAUCUUCCCAGUGGGGCCAAGGGAAGGCUUUGAUUGGCCCAUUGCUUGCUUGGAGAUGGAGGAACUGAUUACCUGCUGGACUGGAGUGGCACAGGUUGUGGCCAAAGAGCACCAAGCUGAUGGGGUGGACCCGGAAGGAGUGGGCCAGGAACGAAGGCCUUUGGAAGAUGGGCGAGCGGUUGAGGAACAACAAGACCACAGAGCGGCUGUUAUAGGGCCAGAGCGAGUGGACGAGCAGGAGGAAGCGUAUGACGUUGAGGAAGGUGUGGUACUUGAAGAAAUGGGUGGUGAACUGCACCCCGUUGCUGAGGACCAAUUAGUGCAAUUGUGGGAACUGCUGGAGGAGAGAUUAGAAGAUAAUCCAGAAGUGCUGGAGGAACAUGGGGAUCACCCAGUCUUAUUGGAAGGCCAAGAUGAUGCUCCUAAUCAUCUUGAGGACUUGGCUCAUCUUGAGUUUCAGGAUAACAGAGGACAUGUAGAAACACAGCAUCAAUCCCCCAGAAGUCAGAACCCACACCCGGCGCUAGAGUGCAUCACCCUACUUUCAGGCCACAUUGCUGAGAUAAACUCCGUCCUCCUCGUGGGGGGCGAUGGGGCUGUCUGUGCCACUGGCUCCAGAGAUCGGGAUGUUAAACUUUGGAGUCUGCAGGCAGACUCGAGCAAUAUGCUGAUGCACACGUUGGUAGGCCAGGGCCACUUCAACACCCAUCAGGGUUGGGUGUGGUGUUUGGCAUCUCAGGGACCACUUCUGGCUUCGGGCGGCUUCGACAGAACGGUGAGGUUGUGGGACCUCCAGGCGUGCGGGGCCGAGAAGGGAAUGAUCAGGACUGAAGCUGCCGUCAUCUGCUUGUCCUGUCUGCCGGAUGUGUUGCUGGCUGGUACAUUCAACGAAAAAGUUCAAAUGUACGACCCUAGAGCCGCUGUUCCCUUGGUGAAAACCCUUACACACCACACCAAUUCGGUCCUGUGUCUGGCGGCAGACGACAAGUACAUCAUCUCCGCAAGUAAAGACAACACUGUGGUCGUCCACGAUCGUAGGGCGGACAGAAGGUUGUAUAAAAUUCGGUUGCGCUCUUACCUGCGAUCUAUGAGCUACAGCGACAACGAAGUAUGGGGGGGAGACAUCAGGGGCAGACUCCACUGUUUUUCCAUGCGCCAGGGGGUCUUAAAGUACCUGUCGCGAUUCGAUGUGGGGCACACAGCUAUGGUCACUGGUAUUCACAAGUCACCUGGAAGCCUCUACACGUGCUCCUCUGAUUUUACUGUCAAGGUACACAUCCCUUGUGGGCCUCCAAAGACAUUAUGCACCCUGCGCCACCAAGAUGGAGUCUCUGGGCUGAGCGUGGAGGCUGGAGUCCUGGCUGUCGCCUCAGGAGAUAUGUGUGUGAAAAUCUGGAGGCCGAGAAGGAGCGAGACUUGAGAAUAGAUGUGGACGAACUUCAAUGUCUUACAAUACUGCACUGUUAAGUUGUCAUAGCAAGAUUUAUUCAUCAUAAAAAAAAUGUCUGUAAACUAUAAUCAUGAAAAGUAUAAAAAAAUAAAACCUUAAAAGUAUUUCAUUGUUGUAAAACUGUCACCUUAUGAAAUCAACAUCAAAUAGUUUUACACAAUAUUACAAUAGGUAGCUGUAAAUGUGGUACGAAUACCACUCAUGGUGUAAGGGCUCUCUCAAGU